CUAGAAUUCGGUCCACUGGCGUGAAUGAGGAAGCAGCAAAGGACACUGAGAAGGAACAGGCAGUCAGGAGCAGGGAAAGUGGAGGAGAGAGAGAGAAAAAAGAUGGUCUAGUCAACAGCAAAAAAUGCAGAAGAAAAGGCUGAGAAGGAUGAAAACUGAGAAAACACCAUUAGAUUUGACAACUUUGGAGAGAGUCGUUUCAGUUGGGUUGGGAUGAUGCUGAAAGCCUCCAGCAAGCACUUGAGAGGACAGAAUGUAGUCCUUGCAAGCCCCGAGGCUAAUCUGUUUCUUUGCUUGAGCCUGAGCUACAGCCCCCCUUUUCCCUCUUCUAACCCGGAGGCACUGUAACAAGAGAUCCCAACAAGUGGUUGCUUCCAGGAGGUCAGUUCGGGGAAAGAGCAGGAGUCCCAAGAUGCACCGCGUGGGCCCGGCAACAGCUGUUGUGGGCAGUGGGAGACAACUGAAGUCUGAGCCCAAGCGCAGGUGCUGAGGAGACGACUCAACUGGAGCGCAAGCGGAUGGAAGAUAUUCACGAGAAAGCGGGAGCAGCCCAAAACAGCGGCCUGAGGCCCCCCCCUACACACACACACACACGGGGGGACCUGGCACAGUCACCAGCCCCUGGGGCUCGGGACUCCGUGCUCUCCCCGCUGACAGCAGCACGCACUGAAGGAGGGAGGAGGGAGCGUAGGCAGAGAAGAGUCCAGACUGUCCCGAAUUUCUCCGCCCAGUCAUGGAGGGUGGAGGGGAGAAGCUACAGCGUUCUCGGGACCUGGGAAGUAGACGAAAAACCACGGCCAAGGCGACUCCUGUUAAGGUAUCUGUGACAUUUGAUGAUGUGGCUGUGUAUUUUUCAAAGAAUGAAUGGAAGAAACUGGAAUGGUCACAGAAGGAACUUUAUAAGUAUGUGAUGAGGACUAAUUAUGAAACCUUGGUCUCUUUGGAUUAUACUAUUCCCAAACCAGACUUGAUAUGCCAGAUUGAACAAGGAAAGGAACCAGUCUUCAAGAAUCUGGCAAAUUUGGAGACAAGUGUGAGAAUAAUCCAGUCUGGUAGGGAUGAGCUAUCUAAUUCCAACAACACUGAGGAACAGGAAUCUGCUACUGCUGAGCUAUGUAACACAAAUAGUUCUGAGGAACAGGAAUCUGAUGCUGAUGAACUAUGUAACUCCAACAGCUUUGAGAAACAACAAUCUAUUGAUAGAAAUCAGAGAGCUCUGCAGCUAAACGCAAAGGAACACCAUUCAAAUGGUUCUCGAAACCAAUACUUAUCUGGAUCUUCAACACUGAAAGAGAGGGAUGUUUUCUGCAGGCCUGACCAAAGAAAUACUUUGAGAAAUCUCUCUUCCCAAAACUCACAGUCCUCAAUUUCAGAAACUAAUAGCACUACCAGAACCACUGAGAGGGUGGAAGAGGAGAACCCGAGAACUGUCAGUUGCCAGGAAGCCCCCAGUGGGCAUAGAUUCUAUCCUUGCCAUGUAUGUGGGAAAAGCUUCCAAUUCAAAGGUCACUUGGUCAAACACCAAAGGAACCACUCAGACAACCAAUGCCAAUGUGAAAAGUGCAAAAAGAAAUUUAGCAGGCACUCUAGCCAUAGGCAGAAAGGAAAGAACAAGAGAAAAGGAAGGAACAAAAAGCGUUUUGAGUGCAAUGAGUGUGGUAAGAGCUAUUGUCAGAAGAGGAGCCUUACUGCGCAUCAGCUUAAGCACAGGAUGGAGGGUUUCCUUCAAGGAUCUGAAAGGAAUAAGAACUUUACCAGAAGGGUCAACCCAAAGAGGACUGAGCGCACAACCAGGGCAAAUGUCUUCACUUGUAGAGAGUGUGGGAAAAGCUUCUGUCAGGAGUCUUACCUGAGGACCCAUCUAAGCCUGCAUAAGGAGGAAAAGCUGUUCAUCUGUGGUGAGUGUAACAAGUGCUUUUCUUAUCAGUACAAGUUUAUUGAACACAUCAGAGUUCAUACUGGGGAGAAACCCUUCCAGUGCACCAAGUGUGGAAAGAGCUUCCGCCUGAAGGUCAGUCUGAAGAUUCACCUGAGCAUGCAUAAUGGGAUCGAUCCUUACCGUUGUAGUGAGUGUAAAAAGAACUUCGCUUGUAAGUCAAGCCUUGUUAAACACAUCAGAAGACUUCAUAGACUGGAUAGACCUUUUAAGUGUCCUGAGUGUGACAAGACCUUCAAAAGGAAAACCACCAUGAGACUCCAUUAUAGCCUACACAGAGGGGAAAGACCAUUCCCUUGCACAAAGUGUGACAAAUGCUUCAGCCAACAAAUUAAACUCAUUGAACACCUGAGAGUCCAUACUGGGGAGAAACCUUACCAGUGUCCUGAAUGUGGUAAGAAAUUUCGCCUGAGGAGAAAUAUGGUGGCCCACGAAAGUGAACACAGUGGGAUGAAAUCCUUUAUCUGUGGGGAGUGUGGCAAGAGAUUCCUCAUGCAGUACAUGCUCACAGAACAUUUCAGGGUCCAUAGUGGGGAAAAGCCCUUUCAGUGUGGGCAAUGUGGCAAGAACUUUACCCGGAGAACCAACUUGAAUGCCCACAUGCGUAUUCAUACUGGAGAAAAGCCAUUCUCCUGUAGCCAGUGUGGCAAAUGUUUCCCCCAUCAUUCUAAGCUCGCUCAGCACCUUCAAGUCCACAACAAGGAGAAAACUUUCCAGUGUCCUGAGUGUGACAAAAGCUUUCGCCAGAAUAGAAGUCUGAAGGCCCACAUGAGCAAGCACAAUGGGGAGAAGCCUUUCACUUGUAAAGAGUGUGGCAAAAGCUUUGCCUUGCAGCAUGUCUUCAAUGAACAUAUCAGGGUUCACAGUGGGGAAAAGCCCUUCCAGUGUCCCGAGUGUAACAAGAGCUUCUACAGGAAGGCUACCAUGAAGGUCCAUCAGCGCAGACAUAAGCAGAAAAAGUCUUACCCAUGCCCUAAGUGUGAACAAUAUUUUUCCCAGAGGUGUGAACUCACUGAACAUGCCAAAACUCACAAAGAAAAGGCAGCCUUCCAGUGUUCUGAAUGUGACAAGAGCUUCUCUCAGGAAAAAUCUCUGAAAGUCCACGAGAGUCUGCACAAAGCAGGGAUGACGCUUUCCUGUGAUGAAUGCGGUAAGAAUUUUACCCGGAAGUGUGAGCUGAGUAGACACAUCAACAACCAUUGUAGGAAGAAGUUCUUCCAGUGUCCUGACUGUAAAAAGAGCUUUGCCCAUAAAUCAUCCUUGAGGGCACACCACCAUGUACAUAAGAAGGACAGACCAUUCUUAUGUUCUGAUUGUGGCAAGAGCUUCGCUUAUGUGGGUGCAUUCAAUACGCAUACUGCAACCCAUGCCAAGGAGAGAGCCAAGAGUUCCAGGUCAGAGAAGAAUUCCAUGUUACAGAAGAGUUUCAGGUCUGAGAAGAAUUCCACAUCAGAGAAGAGUUCUGGGUCACAGAAAAGUUCUGAAUCAGAGAAGAGUUACAAGUCAGUGGUGAUAGUCAGUAGUGCCAACUCUUUGAAUCAUAAAAGUUAAUUCUAGGUAUAAUUCUAUAACCUAAUGGAAAGCUAUAUGAGAAUGCACACCAUCCAGAUGAGUGGAUAGUUCAGAAGAAAUAAAAGAAUCCGAGAAAUCAUGAAGAGACUUCCUCCUAAAGCCUUACAUUACAGCCUUUCUUUGCCCUCUCCUUUCAUUUGAGAUCACAUUGCUCUUAUUGACUCCUUUAGUGCCUUCUAAAGGUGUAAACAACCAUAUAUGUAUAUGUAUAUAUUUUUAUAUAUAUAUGACACACACUCAUUGACCCUAUCCUUCCAAUGAAUUUCCAUUUCCUAGAAUUCCUUUAUUAAACUUAGCAUGUUCUUUCCCUGGGGAAUAGAUUUAUAUGUAAACAAUAAGAAGGAAUAUAAUAACAUCAUCUAAGUUUUUAGGAUCAUUCUAAGCCUCGAUCAUUCCCUUCAGAGUUGUAGUAAAUUUUUUGAUUAACAUUGCUGAAAACAUUAUGCUAAAAAACAUGGCAGCAAACACACAGUCCUACUUUACUUCAUUGGGGCCUGGGAAAGUCAAGAGCAUUGUCUGUUAUCCAGAAUCCAUGCAAGCAUGGCAUCAGUGACAAUAUUGAUGAAUUCUCUAGGGAACUGAAUUUUGAGACUAUCUUCCACAAGCCUCACAAUCAACAAUAUUAAAGGCUUUGGCCAGCUUGAAGAAUGUUGUGUACAGAACUCUGUUCUGCUCCUAUCAUUUCUCCUACAAUUGUCUGACAGUAAACAUCAUAUCAAUCAUUACUUGGCCUUUCUGAAGCCACACUGGCUCUUGGUAGAGGACCAUUUUCCAGUUGAAGGUUCAGCCUUUCAAGGAGGAUUCUGGCAAGAAUCUUGCCAGCAAUAUCUAAGAGGGAGGAGGACUCUUCCCCGCUGUGAUUAUCACAGACAAUUUUCAUUUAUAGAAAUGAGUAAUGUGGACAUCCUUGAUCUCCUAUGGGAUAAUCUCCUCUUGGCCUAUAAGCUAGAAGAUCUCAAUCAGCUUUUAUAUGUAAAUCUACACCACCACCCCCACUCCUUGAAAGUUGGCUGGAAUGGAAUCAGAACCUGGCACUUUGCCACAUGAGAGGUGCCUAAUGACAUUCAAAAUCUCUUCUUCAGUUGCAAGUUUGGCUAGAGAGGGAUUGAUUUCAACUGGUGUACAGUCAGUGACUUUAAUAUUGAUUGAUGACAGUUUAUUGAGAACACUAAGGAAGUGGUUAGCCCAUAUCUCCAGGAUUCUGUCCUUAUCACUUGUCUUGUAUAACUAAUAGAAUGGAAUUUUUAUCUUGUUACCUGGCAUAGUCAUAUCUGAUAUUUCUGAACAUUUAGAAAACUACUACUUAGUGCUUAAAGGCUUCUUUUUUGACAUAUUAAGAGCAAAUCAAAAUGUUGUCCAAUUCAACAAACAGAAAAGUACCUGAGAUAUGAAUAUACUAAUAUGUAAAUAAAUAUAAUACAAAAACAUAAAUACAAAUAUGAAGAAUAAUAUAAAUAAAAGAAACUAUACCAGGCUCUGGAGUGAGGAAUCAUGACGUAGCAGAAACUGAACUGGAUUUGGAGUCCAAAGAUUGAAUCUUGCCUCUGCCACUUUACUACUCAUGUAACUUUUUGAGCAAGUAUGAAUAAGGGUAAAUUGAGGUCACUUUUGAUCAGUGGUUCUUAAACUUUUUUUUUGUCUCAAGACUCCUUUAUACUCUAGGAUCCCCCACUCCUUGCCAUGAGCUUUUGCUUACAUGAGUUAUCUGUUGAUACUUAUUGUACUAGAAAUUAAAUUGCUUUGGCAUUUAUUAUGAAAAUAGUUUUGACCUUGAAGGCUUCCUGAAUGGGUCACCAACCUCCCAGGGCAUAGGAGCAUAGUUUGAAAACCAUUCGUUUAGAUGAUCUCUUCCCAUAUCUAAAACUAUGAUCCUAUAAUCCUAUAAAUAUGUCUAAGAUUAAUUUUUAAGCCAAAGUGACAAAUAUUAUCUCAGAAAAGGAAAUAAAAAUAGAUUUGUUUAAGAGAAACAUAGAAACCUCUUUAUGCUUAAAGGCAUUAUACAUAAGAAUAUAGAAUGGUAUAGAAAAGGUAAAUUAUAUAAAUCCUAAAUGGUAAGACAAUAAUUCUUGGGACCUUAAAGUGCCUUUCAGACUUAAAAACUCAAAUAAGGAAGAAAUUAGAGGUCUGAACAAAAUAUAUUUUUUUGAAAACUAGAAGUAAUAUGUUUGGUGAUUAAUGAAUGGUGAUCUUUCUGAGUAUACUUGUUUUUCAGCAUUGUAUAUCAUCUUUGCAAAAAACUGAUUAUGUGGUGGAACAUAAAGAACUCAUAAAUGCUGGAAAAACUAACUAGAUGAAAAAUGUCUGUUGUUCAAACUAGGAUAUGUAGUUAGAUGGAUAAUCUUAUAAAAUCUGUCCAUCAAUCUGGAAAAUUGAAAAGAAUACAUUGAACAAGAUAUAUUGUUGUUGGGAAAUUACAAAGUCUUAAUGAUCCAACCUUCUUCCUAAAACAAAUACCAAGUGAUGUUGUAUGGAUGAGAGUCAUGGACAUCUAUAAUCUCCCAAGAAUUGAGUAGACAAUCACCAAAAGUGGACAUGAGUAGGCUGCAAAAUAUUACAAACCAGGAAUUACUCGAGGGAAGUGGUGUAACAGGUGUCAUCAAAGAAAUAUCUAACCAGAGAAAAGAUGAACCAGUCACCUAGCAAGAAGGGACAACCAGAAGAUGAGCCCCUGGGCUCUAUUUUGUAUCCAUAAAAUGGGAAGAAAACUCAAGGAAGGCCCCAGAAUGUUGGAAUCUACUAUUGUUGUACAAUCAGAUCAAUGUUUUAUAAGCUUUUCAGUGGUAAAAUGGUGUAUGCGUGUCUGCUGUAUAUGUUAUAUGUUUACUGGUGUUAAUUGAUUUAGAAGUUAUUGUUUCUUUUCUCAGUAAUUGGUAUAGUCAGAAUUGAGUCACAGAACAUGGGUUUUUGAAUCCAGUUCUUUUGCUUUUCAGCUAUACAGUAUAUGCCUUAGUGUUAUAAUAUGCAAAGUGUUAGAAUUUGAUUCAAUGACCUCUAAAAUUCCUUCAACCCUAAAUCUAUGAUUCUGUAAGUUUCAAAAGAAAUAAUUUUGGUGAGAGAACUUUUCUGGUCAUUCUGAUUAGAGUGGGAAUAAAAGUUCUUUCCAUUUUAUUAUAAAAUCUCAUAUUAGACAAUGUUAUCACACUUUUCUCCCAGUGCCUGGCCAAUAUAAUAUUAGUUGAGAAGGCCACGGUCAAUUUGUACAUUUAAUAUAUGAUUUUGGGUGAAGAGGUUUUUUCCACAUAAGAAAUCAAAGGAUAACUGAAGUUGUGUUUUCUAAACUUAUCUCUCUAUUUUGCAUUUUGUUUUAUUUUAUUUCUUCUAUAGACAUAAUUUUUAUAUUAAUUUUAUGGGUCAGUAAUUUUAAUAGGAUAGAAAAUGGUCUUUGGUUUACUAAUUAGAGCUAUUUCAUGUUUUCUAAACUUAUCACUAUAUUUUGAAUUUUAAUUUUACUUCUAUAGGUAGGAAUGAUUUUAUUUUAUAUUCAUUUGAUGGGUCACAAAUUUUAAUAGGAUAGAAAAUGGUUUUUGGUUUACUAAUUAGAGCUAUCUCAUCAGUUUUGGAAUUCAAAGUUAUAUCAAUGGCAUAAUGGGACACACUGUCAUUGAUGAGAAAAGGUCCCCUAUGUAGGAGUGGGAAUUCAGGGAAUGAUUUGAGUAUUUAGACCAAUGAUCCAAGGAAAGGGAUGAUAAUAGAAGCUAUACUUCCUUUUGGGGAAAAAAAGUGAAAAGUUAUUUCAUUAACUCAGAAGAACAAGAUGUGGCGAGGGAUCAAAAUCCAGAGAACCAAGAGACAAAGGAUGUAGGAUUUCCCUUUCCUCUCCCUUUUUGUGUUUCCAGUAGUUUAUUCUGCAAUGCAAAGGCUUGUUUUUAAAAAUUAGAGAGUUUCUAAUACUUUUGUCCUUCAUCACAAAUGAGAUUGUAUUAGAAAAUUGUUUUUGUUCAUGAUUCCCAGAAAAUCUAAGACCCCUCAACACUGAACUGUGUUUUUAUUUUCCUUUCUAUGGAAAAGCAACUGCUUCAGUUGUUAUGUGGUUGAGAAAUCAGCUUUUGGGGUGGACUCCAUCUUUGCUUGUCCCUUCUCUUCAGUUUUGAUCUGAGGUUUAAUCCUUAGUCUCUAGUUUAGACCUGGGACUUACAAACCUGUGAACUUGUAAGGGAUAUAAUUGGUUCUUUUGUAGUUAUGUGGGUUUCAUUUUAUGCAAUUAAGAAUAUGAUUCUGAGAAGGGGUUCAUAGGUUUUACCAGUCUGCCAAAAGGGUACAUGUUACAAAAAAAAAAUCAAUAAUUCCCUGGUUUAGACUAUCAGCCAGGGAGGAAGUUGUUUUGUUUUUUUUGUUUUUUUUUCAGGUGCUAAGCAGUCAUUUUUAGGGUGGAAAGUUUGACUUUUCUGAUCACGUGCCAGUAUGAAUGAUGAUGGGAGAAAUUAUUUAUUAUGCUAAAAUUAAUCAUAUAUAGAUCUAGUUGUAAUCAUCCACACCCUUGAAAGGAGUUAGAAAGAAAUAAGUAGAUAAUAGAAAAACAUACUCUGUGUUUGCAGGCAGGAAGAACUGACGCUAAAUAGAUUUCUUCAAGAGAAUAAAUUGGAAAAAUGGGCUAGGGAAAAUUGUGCUUGGGAAUCUAGGUCUCACAUCUGACAAUAUAGUGAAGGAUGUUUUUGGAUGAGAUGACUGAGACAAGGAAAUCAAUCAGUAGGCCACUGCAAUUGAUUAGGGGAAAGGUAAGGAGAGCUUGAAAUGAAAUAGUGGCUGUGUGAGUAGUAAGCAGAGGAUGGAUUUGAGAGAUGUCCAUAAAGAUGGAAAUGGCAUGAAUUGUUAAUUGACUGGAUAUGUGAGGGGAGGAGAAGUGAGAAAUUGAAGAUAACACCAAGCAUUCAAAUUUGGGAAAGUAGAAGAACAAUGGUGCCCUAGAUAGAAAUUCCACAGAAGUAGCUUUGGAAGGAAAAAUAACAAGUUCUGCUUUAGACAUACUGAAUUGGAGAUCUCUAUGAAACAUUCAGUUUGAAAUAUCAUUUUUAUUCAAAAAUAUUUUAUUUUCCCAGUUACAUGUAAUAAUAGUUUUUGACAUGUAUUUUCCAAAUAUUUCCUUCCUCUCCUCCCUCCUCUCACUUGGAGACAGUAGGCAAUUUGAUCUGGACCAAAUUUUAAGUAUCUAAUAGACAGUUGAUGCUACAACGCCCUCGGACUUUGAAACAUUCAUAGAAAGAAAAGUAACUCCAGCAUCUUAAUCUCUACAUAGAUAGACCAGUAGAAGGUUCCCAUUUUCCUGCAAGCCUGCACUGAGAAGAAAGCCAUAACCCAAAUGAGUUUCUUGAAUUUUGAUUACAGAACUAAGAUAGACAAUGUAACUGCAAGUGCUCACCCCUGUAUAGGAGAUUUCAUAUAAAAAUAACAAUGUUUGUAUUAACAUAUAUAUUUCUGCUUUGGCAUUUUGAAUUAAAUAUUUAGUAAUGUUUACACAUUUGUACUUAUAUAUACAGAUAAAGUAUAUUGAUAUUUAAAUAUAUUAUAUAAGUAUACAUUAUAGCAUAUAGAGAGUUACACUUUUGCCUGCCUGUUGCAUUUCUAAACUUUUAAAGAGGCUUUGUACACAAGACAAUCACCAAUUGACAAGCCGUGUUAAAUGCCCAUCUUCACAUGUGUGUUAUGAAUGAUAUAUUUCCUAGACUAAUCACAAGCCAGACCAACCCUCUCUAACAAUUCCCAGCCCUCCCCACCUUAUGAUAUCCAAAGACCCUGCAGUAUAGACCAGAAACCAAGAUGAAAAAUUGCACUUUGUUAUAUUAUCAGUUAAAACACUGGCAAAACCAAGAGGGAAGUCAAAACUAGAACUCUAAAAAAAUGACCCCCACAAAAUACAAAAUCAUAAAGGCGGAGCCAUCAUGUAAUCAUGUAUGCUGUGUUACAAAUGUUCUGUGCCUUGUGUCAUGUUUUAUCUUAACUAUGCCUUGUGUCAUGUUUUAUCUUAAUUAAGGACCAGCCACUGUAGAUGUGCAUCCUUGAUGUUUUGCUGAAUUGAAAUAAAGAUUUGGAAAUAUGA